AUGGAAAGGAAGAGCAGCGGGCGGGUGCGCCAGCCGGUCGUUACGAUGCUCGCUAGUCGGAAAGCACUGGUCGUGCGGCGGCGGCGAAGAAGCAGGUUUACGAAAGGAGCCUUCUUGCUGGUGGCGGUUUGCGCAGCCGAGUCGCAGCAACGCGCACACGCCUUCAUCUCCGCACCCUCGGGCGUUCAUGCUUCGAGGGGAGCUGCCAAGCGCUCCUCCCCUCGUCUGCAAGCGGAGCCAUCGGAAGAAGACGACUAUUCGCGCCUCGUGCGGAGAAUAAACCGCCUGGAGAGGGUGGUGUCCGACCAGAACGCAGAGGUUGAAGAGCUGAGGUCGUCCAUGGAGCACAUGCGAAUGAUCAUCGAGAUCCAGGCGAGGAUCGACUCCUGCCUGGUCGGCGAGGACGGCGAGGACGGGCUACUGCUAUCCUCAGACCUCGCGGGGGACACGGGCAGGGAGCCAGACCCGUGGCUGGUAAAGCAGGCGAUCAGGCUACUGCGCAUACGGCACCGGGUGCUGCGGGCUUGGGAGUUCGACGGAGAGGGCCUGGAAAACAACAACGAGGGUGACGAGCAUGCCGGCGGCGAAACGACCGUCGGGUCCCCCCCUAGAAGAAGCGGUAGUGGUAGUAGCGAUAGCGGUAGGAAACCUAGCGGAGGAGGCGGUGCUGGCGGGGGCGGCGACGAGGCCCGGCGACGACGUCGGCGGAACCGAAUGCGGACGCGGGACGGCCGUGCGUUCGGAUUCGACAACGACGAGUUCUUCGAGUACAGCAUGUACGACGACACGCCUGCGGCUGGGUCCGGGGCCAGGGGAGAGGGAGUCCCUGGCGAUGGUGGGGGCGGAGGGGAGAGUGAGAGCAGAAGAGACGGGGGGGAGUUUGAGGCCAGGCUAGAGAAGCAGCGACCGCCGAAGACAAACCAGGACGCCGCUGACGCGGCUGGGGCGGGUGUAGUGGCGGCGUUGAUGGAGGGGCGGCGGCGUCUCAUCGUCGAGGUUGACGAUUCUCAGCUCCGGUACAACUCCCCGGACUUCUGCCACGAAGCGAUGGCGGAGUUCGUGGAACUCCUGGUCCUGCCGCUUACCACCGCCCUGGAGAACCUCAAGGCGAUGGUGCUGGACGCCCCCGCCUCUCUACAGGUGGUGUCCUUGAGCGACGCCAAGGUGGCCAAAAAAGACAGGGUUGUGGCGCUGGUGGCCCCGGAAAACUGGACGGGAAAGAAGGGGAGGCACCUCAAACGAGUCCUGGCCGAGGCUCACGAUGCGGCCAUCAUCCUCAUCAACCCGAUCGAUGCCGACAAGUUCCUCCAGCACCCCUCGCUAGACCUCGACAGCGAGGCCGACCGGGGCACGGGGGCGGGGGGGGGGCAGCCCACCGGCGAAGCCCUCCUCUUGGAGCGCCUAGGAAAGUCCGUGUGGGCAAAGGAGGAAGCGCUCGCGGCCGAGGCACUUGCUGCCGCCGCCUCCGCCACCGCCGCCGCCAGCAGCGUGUCGGGCCCGGUGGACGUCGUCGACGGCAGUAGUGGUGCCGGCGACAAAGCAAAUAACACGGGGGUCGCCGGCGCCGCCGGCGCUGAGCUGUCGUCGGAAGACGCCUCGGUCUUCGACGAAACUUCUGCGGUUGGCGCGGCCGCGGCGGCGGAAAUAGGGGUCCGAGCCGCGGAAAGGGCGCUGGCCCGGGCGGCGCUGAAGAUGGGCGCCUCCGCUGCCUCCGGCGGCCUCGACUGGGGAGACCUCGACAUCGGGUACCGAGAUAGCACCGAGUGGGAGGAGAUGGAGGACGAGAGGCUGUCUGAUGAGGCCGCUGCGGCAGCCUUGGCGGCGUGGAGCGAGGAGGAGGAGGAGGAAGGCGAGGGAUCGUUGCGGGAGAAAGAGCUGCGCUGGGGGGAGGGGGAGGUAGGGGAGUGGGACGGAGAGGCGGACGAGGCCGCGGAGAUGGCCGCGCUGGCGGUUACCCUCCGGCAGUACCCCGAUGCGUGGGAGGCGUUUGUUGAUCUGCACGACGGAGUGGGGUUUAGACUGUGUGGCACGUGGGACAGAGAACCUCCGCGAAGCGCUGUGAAGACGGUCGUCAUGGACCACAUCCUACGCAUCAUCAUGGACUAAAUAGAAAGCAAUUGAAUGUGCAUAGAGGAGCGUAGGAUAGUGCUCCCGAGGCACCACUAUUAGAGGCAGGGAUGGUUUCUGCACAUUAUGUUGCGCAGUCAGGCGUUUUGCUCGAAUGUUUACCGAGCCAGUUUUGACUCCGGGAGGUCUUGAAGAAAGACAGUCCCAAUUUGCUAGAAGCUCCGCAGAUGACAGCCCACGCCUUCAUGGUGGUGAAAUGUGCUGGCAACGUCUCCACAUUUUUCUGCGCAUGGGUGGGAAGGGGGUGACAUGAUCGACAAUUUUUUCGAGAUUGCAGUUGGUCGCAGCCAACCCCGUGAGGGUGUUCAUGGCUGGGUGCGGAGGGUACGUACUUUCUGUCGCGGAUAUUGGAAUGCUUGAGCACGUUUUUUUGUUGCCUCUCUUUGUAGUGAGUGCGGAGCUGAUCGUGUGGGGAACGGUAUUUUGGGCGGUAAGAAUUCAGAGCAGACCGGUAAGGCGGGCUAGCGGCUGCACUCCUAGUUUUCGUUGUCCCUUGUUGAUGUGAAUCAAUCCCACAAAAAUAUGUUGUGGAUGUGCAUGCUUUCGAGUUAUGUGCGAACCUCAUCGCGUAUGGUUGCUGCAGUGGUGCCGUUUCAGCAUCACAGUGUGUGCUUGUGGUCGCAGGUUAGAUCUUUCACAUAGAAUUUCGUGAAAACACCCGCAGCAGUUUGCUUGUGAGAGCUACGUUCAUGGAUCAGAUUCAGACCAGUGGGCCAGCGAAGAAACUUAC